UUCUCCUCUCCUCUCCUUGGAUCCCUCCAGCACACACGCUCUUCUCCUCGCGGCGGCGGCUACCGAAAAGCAAAGCUCCCAGACCAGGAGAGAGACGAUAAAAUCGGGGGGAGAAAGACGAGCAGGAGAGAAACCACUCGAGCGAGAUCCUCCUCUCCCCCUGCCGCCGCUCGCUCCCCAGCUUGCUCAGCGUUGGGCUCAGAUGUGGAUUUCGAGCGUAUGUCGGGAGGUGAAGGCGAAUUGAUGUGGAAUAAGAAUCAGAGUUUCCGACUUCAGAAUCGAUGGCAGCAGAAUGGGUGGAUUUUUUUUUAGUUCACUCAACUGAAGGAGCUGUAGCUCCUCCCACUUUAAGAUUAAUAAAGAUCAAGAAGAAGAUUGGGAUCAGUUGUGUGGAUGCUCACACACUGUGAUCUACUGCUUCUAGCAGCUGAAUUGCUUUAUUUGAUCUUUUUAACUCCUCAGUUUCUAAUUACAAUGCAUCGAGCUCCAAAAUGGUUAGGUUUCGCCAUAAGUAAAGUUCCAUUGGCAGGUCUUCAACUUAUUAGCCAUACCCAAAUUUGAAUUUUAGAAUUAAUUUAGAGUUUUUUUAUCAUUCUAUGUUCCAGCAUUAAUUUUUGGAACACCAAGAGUAGGAGAAUAAAAAGGCAUACGCUAAAAUUAUUUUUAGUUGCUUCAUUUAUUUCUUUUUGCCGGGAAAGCCCAGACCGGGCCUACCAAUUUCAUUAAGAUGGGAAGGCUUCAUUUAUUUCUCUCAGCUUAUAAGCCAUAGCUCAACCAAUGAGAUGUGUAAGCAGUAAUAAAUUGAGGCAAAUUUGUUAUGAUUUUCUCGCGAAUUAAAUCGUUGUUUUGUUAUGAAUUGUGCGCCACUUCUGUGGCUUUACUGUGUUGGGCUCAGAUGUGGAUUUCGAGCGUAUUAUGUCGGAAGGUGAAGGCAAAUUGAUGUGGAAUGAAAAUGGGGAAGAAUCAGAGCUUUUUUGCCCAUUGCUCCGUCAUCGAAGGAGCGAUAAUUUCGCUAGAGCCGCAUCACAUUCCCAACUUCAGAAUCGAUGGCAGCAGAAUAGAUAGUUAGUAAUAAGAAGUCAGCUUCUACUUCACCAUAAAUGCGGGAGAGAGAUGUCUGCUGGGAGUACUGUGACAAGAUGGACGGGAACAAGGUCAGGUGCAGGUUCUGCUAUAAGAUCCUAAAUGGUGGUAUAAGCAGACUCAAGUUUCAUCUAUCUCAAAUUUCGAGCAAAGGCGUCAACCCUUGCACCAAGGUGAAGCCGGAUGUCAUAGAAAAGGUGAAGGCUGUCAUAGCAGCGAAGGAAGAGCACAGAGAGUCACAGAUUCUCAAGAGGCAACGCGACACUGAAUUGUCGGUGCGUGACGUGCGUCCAAGAAGAAUACGUGACCUUCCCUCUCAGCCUCCAUCUCCAGAGCGAGCUACUUCUCCUGCUAUUACUUCAGCCUCUGACCACACCCAGUUCCUUGCAUUGGAAGUAUCUGCUCCAGCACAGAAACUAUCAGCUGCUGCAAACAAGGCAUGCUCAGCACCAGCAUCAGAAGCCGAACGAUGCAUAGCUGAAUUCUUUUUUGAGAAUAAGUUGGACUACAGUAUUGCAGACUCUGUUUCAUACCGGCAUAUGCUGGAGGCACUUGGUGGACAGGGAUUCCGAGGGCCAUCAGCUGAGGUUUUGAAGACAAAGUGGUUGCACAAGCUCAAGUCAGAGAUUUCGCAGAAAACCACAGAGAUUGAAAAGGAUUGGGCGACAACAGGCUGCACGAUAUUAGCUGAUUCUUGGACUGAUAAUAAAUCAAAAGCUCUCAUCAAUUUUUCUGUGUCAUCGCCAUUAGGGACAUUCUUCCUCAAAACAGUAGAUGCUUCUCCACACAUCAAAAGUCACCAGCUGUAUGAGCUUUUUGAUGAUGUGAUUCGGGAGGUUGGUCCAGAUCAUGUGGUGCAGAUAAUCACUGAUCGAAAUAUAAACUAUGGCAGUGUGGACAAGUUGAUUAUGCAGAACUACAACACCAUAUUUUGGUCUCCCUGUGCCUCCUCUUGUGUAAACUCAAUGUUGGAUGACUUCUCCAAGAUUGAUUGGGUGAACCGGUGCAUCUGUCAAGCCCAAACCAUAACACGAUUUAUCUACAACAACAAGUGGGUUCUUGAUCUUACGAGGAAGUGCAUAGCUGGGCAGGAGCUUGUUUAUUCAGGAAUUACAAAGAGUGUAUCAGAUUUUCUCACGCUGCAAUCAUUGUUGAGGCACAGACCAAAGCUGAAGCAAAUGUUUCAUAGCUCUGACUAUGCAUCUUCUUCAUAUGCAAAUAGGUCUUUAAGUAUUUCAUGUGUUGAGACCCUUGAUGACGAUGAGUUUUGGAGAGCAGUCGAGGAGAUAGCUGCUGUUUCUGAACCUCUAUUGAGGGUUAUGAGGGAUGUCUCAGGAGGCAAGGCUGCUAUUGGUUAUAUAUAUGAGUCUAUGACAAAGGUGAUGGAUUCUAUUAGAACAUACUACAUAAUGGAUGAAGGAAAAUGCAAGUCAUUUCUGGACAUCGUGGAGCAAAAGUGGCAGGUAGAAUUGCAUUCACCUCUUCAUUCAGCGGCUGCUUUUCUGAACCCAAGCAUCCAGUAUAAUCCAGAAGUCAAAUUUUUCACUAGUAUCAAGGAGGAGUUCUACAUUGUUCUGGAUAAGGUGCUUACAGUCCCUGACCAAAGGCAAGGUAUCACAGUGGAAUUGCAUGCUUUUCGAAAGGCGCAAGGGAUGUUUGGCUCUAACAUUGCUAAAGAGGCCCGUAACAACACCUCCCCAGGAAUGUGGUGGGAGCAAUAUGGUGAUUCAGCGCCGUCGUUACAACAUGCUGCCGUCAGAAUAGUCAGCCAGGUUUGCAGCACCCUGACCUUCCAAAGAGACUGGAGCAUAAUCCUUCGGAACCAUUCAGAGAAGCGCAACAAGCUGGACAAGGAGGCUCUGGCUGACCAAGCCUAUGUGCACUACAAUUUCACCCUCCACGCCGACUCCAAGACGAAGAAAGGGGACGGGGAUCCCAUCGCGCUGGAUGCCAUCGACAUGACCUCGCCAUGGGUGGAGGAUUCUGACAACCCAAACCUCGCCCAGUGGCUCGAAAGGUUCCCGUCUGCCCUGGAUGGUGACUUGAACACCAGGCAGUUUGGUGGCUCGAUCUUUGGCACCAAUGACACUCUGUUCGGCUUAUGAUAGCUUUCAGUCGAUCAGUUCCUCGUCCUCCGGCAAUGUGGUGCUUCUGAUGUACAAGUUUUCAAUGUAUGUAUCAUUUCGUCUCCAUAUAUCUUUGCUAGAGUAGAUUCUAGAUUUAGGAUCUGAUAUGAGAAAAUCAUAACCCGAGUAUAUGGACUAUGGAAAUUGGAGAUUAUUUCCGGCAAAAAGAAAUUGGAGAUCAUGAAACUGAAGGUUUUGGUAGACAUUUAGGCACAUUUAGGCCCUGUUUAGUUCCUAAAAAAUU